AUGUCUUUAUCUAAAAAGCUGACUUUGGACAAAGUGGAUGUUAAAGGGAAGCGAGUCGUCAUGAGAGUAGAUUUUAAUGUCCCCAUGAAGAACAACCAGAUUAGGAACAACCACAGAAUCAAAGCUUCCCUCCCAAGUAUCAAGUACUGCCUGGAAAACGGGGCCAAGUCAGUGGUUCUUAUGAGUCAUCUGGGCCGGCCUGAUGGCGUCCCCAUGCCGGAAAAAUACUCCUUAGAGCCUGUUGCCGCCGAGCUCAAAUCCUUGUUGGGCCAGGAUGUGACAUUCCUGAGAGGUUGUGUAGGCCCAGACGUGGAGAAAGCCUGCGCGAACCCAGAUACCGGCUCAGUCAUCCUACUGGAGAAUCUGCGCUUCCAUGUGGAGGAAGAAGGGAAGGGCCAAGAUCCUUCUGGAAAGAAGAUUAAGGCUGAGCCAGAUCAAAUAGAAGCCUUCCGAGCAUCACUCUCCAAACUUGGAGAUAUUUAUGUCAACGAUGCCUUUGGAACCGCACACAGGGCUCACAGUUCCGUGGUGGGAGUCAAUCUGCCCCAGAAGGCAUCCGGGUUCCUCAUGAAGAAGGAGCUGGAAUACUUUGGCAAAGCCUUAGAACACCCUGAGAAACCUUUUCUGGCUAUACUGGGUGGAGCCAAAGUGGCAGACAAGAUCCAGCUCAUCAAAAAUAUGCUGGAUAAUGUCAAUGAAAUGAUUGUUGGUGGUGGAAUGGCUUUUACCUUCCUUAAGGUCCUCAACAACAUGGAGAUUGGUGCUUCUCUCUUUGAUGAAGAGGGGGCUGCAAUUGUUAAAGAUAUCAUGGCCAAAGCAAGUAGCAAGGAUGUAAACAUCACUUUUCCUGUUGACUUUGUAACUGCUGACAAGUUUGAAGAGAAUGCUCAAGUUGGACAGGCCUCUGUAGCAUCUGGCAUACCUUCUGGCUGGAUGGGUUUAGACUGUGGACCUGAGAGCAACAAGAAAUUUGCUGAAAUUGUGGCCCGAGCAAAGCUGAUUGUUUGGAACGGACCUUUAGGAGUAUUUGAAUGGGAUGCCUUUGCUAAAGGAACGAAAGCCCUAAUGGAUGAUAUUGUGAAAGCCACUUCCAAGGGCUGUGUCACUAUUAUAGGGGGUGGAGAUACUGCUACUUGCUGUGCCAAAUGGAAUACUGAAGAUAAAGUCAGCCACGUGAGUACUGGAGGUGGUGCCAGUCUAGAGCUUCUGGAAGGUAAAGUCCUUCCUGGAGUAGAUGCCCUCAGCAACUUGUAA